CGAGCGGGGCGAGCAAGCUCCCUCAACUUGUACUCCGGUGUCAGUAGCAAAGUUGGGAGAAGCAGGGAUGAGACGCGCUCACGCCGCCUCUCCGCCUUGCUUGAUUUUCAAUGGGAGCUCACUCCCUGCUUGUUUUGUUAGCUGAACUCUGGCUGUAAAAUGAAUUCAGCGUUCAGGUUUAGUGACAGAUGUUUCUCAAAGGAUUCGUGCGCGGAGAAGUGAAAUAGACGCGCAUCCAUUCACCAUUCAAAGUGGUUGACAAGACUAAUUAAACCGCAAUGGAGGAGGAACGUUUCGGAUCGUAUGGCAGUGGUGAAAGACUGUCUCCGUUGAGCUCAGAAACUAUAUCUGACAACGAGAUGACACCAGAAGACAUCGAAUGUGAAAAUGUCAAUUUUGGAGAGUUUCAGCGAAAAGACUCGAUUGACUACGAGAUCCAGUUAGCAAGAAGGAAGGAAGGUGUAACGCACGGGGCGCGAGGCGACAGCCACGAGCCGACUUUACAGCUAAUAGAAGUUAUAAAAGAAGACGAAACAGAAGAAGACGAUGAAGAAGAACAAGAAAUGCUGGAUAACAUCCUCUACCCCCCCUCCAUGCCCUUCCGCAAGUCCAGCAACCCAGAGGUGUCGUCGUGCGGCUCGGGCACCGUGGUGGCCCUCAAGUUCAAGAGGCAGCUGAGCGAGGACGGCAGGCAGCUGCGCAGGGGCAGCCUCGGAGGAGCGCUCACAGGGAAGUAUCUGCUGCCUAGCCAGCCAGUAUGGCAACCUGCCUCCGAGACCUCCAACCUGGUCCGCAUGCGCUCCCAGGUCAUGGGCAAGUCUGCUCCGUCACUCACAGUCAACCUGAAGGAGCUCAGCCUACCCAGGAGGGGGAGUUUCCUGACUCCCAGGAGCCUGAGCCCCACUCCUACCAGCCCUUGCAGCCCCUGCAGCCCGCUGCACGCCUUUCACUUCUGGAGUUGCAGAACGACCAACAGGAAGAACCUGAUUGGAAGUGGACAGUCGUCAGCUCUCCCCCGGCCACACUCCCCCCUCUCAUCUCACACAGGCACGAGUCCCCAGGACAGCCCCCGAAAUUUCUCCCCCAGUGCCUCCGCACACUUCUCCUUCGCCCGCAGGACUGAUGGCCGGCGGUGGUCUCUGGCAUCUCUGCCGUCCUCUGGAUAUGGCACCAACACACCCAGCUCUACUGUCUCGUCGUCGUGUUCGUCGCAGGAGAAGCUGCACCAGCUGCCGUACCAGCCGACGCCCGACGAGCUCCACUUCCUGUCCAAGCACUUCUGCACCGAGAGCAUCGCCGGGGACGACCAGCGCCGCAGGGCCACGCCCAUGCGCCCGCGCUCACGCAGCCUCAGCCCGGGCCGAUCUCCAGCGUGCUGCGACCACGAGAUUAUUAUGAUGAAUCAUGUCUACAAGGAGAGAUUUCCCAAGGCCACAGCUCAGAUGGAGGAGCGCAUACAGGAGAUCGUGCGCUCCAGUUCUCCGGAGAGUGUGUUGCCGCUGGCGGACGGCGUGCUGAGUUUCGCCCACCACCAGAUCAUCGAGCUGGCCCGGGACUGCCUGGAGAAGUCUCGCUCCGGCCUCAUCACCUCAAGAUACUUCUGUGAGCUCACCGACAAGCUGGAGAAACUCUUCCAGGAGUCCACAGAGCGAUCAGAGAGUGGUGAGGUGACCUUCAUCAAGGAUCUUGUCAAGAAAAUCCUCAUCGUUAUCGCCCGGCCUGCUCGACUCCUGGAAUGCCUGGAGUUUGACCCAGAGGAGUUUUACCACCUGCUUGAGGCGGCCGAGGGUCACGCCAAAGAGGGCCAGGGCAUCAAGACAGACAUCCCCCGAUACAUCAUCAGCCAGCUGGGCCUCACCAGGGACCCCCUGGAAGAAAUAGCCCAGCUGACCAGCUACGACAGCGGCAUAGCAGAGACGCCAGAAACAGACGACUCCUCUGGGAGUCUCAGUGCAGCGUUGCGCUGCAGGCGUAAGCCGUGUGAAAAUGACUUCGAGAUGAUUAAGCUGAUCAGCAAUGGAGCUUAUGGGGCCGUGUACCUGGUGCGUCACCGGGAGUCCAAGCAGCGCUUCGCCAUGAAGAAGAUCAACAAGCAGAACCUGAUCCUGAGGAACCAGAUCCAGCAGGCCUUUGUGGAGCGGGACAUCCUCACCUUCGCAGAGAACCCCUUCGUGGUCAGCAUGUACUGCUCCUUCGAGACCAGGCGACACCUGUGCAUGGUCAUGGAGUAUGUAGAGGGUGGGGACUGUGCCACGCUGCUGAAGGCCAUCGGUCCCCUGCCCGUGGACAUGGCCCGGAUGUACUUCGCCGAGACCGUGCUGGCCCUCGAGUACCUCCACAACUAUGGCAUCGUGCACCGUGACCUCAAACCCGACAAUUUGCUGGUCACCUCCAUGGGCCACAUCAAGCUGACGGACUUCGGGCUGUCCAAAGUGGGUCUGAUGAACAUGACUACCAACCUGUACGAGGACCACAUCGAGAAGGACGCCAGAGAGUUCUCAGACAAACAGGUGUGUGGCACCCCAGAGUACAUCGCUCCGGAGGUGAUUCUGCGUCAGGGCUACGGGAAGCCGGUGGACUGGUGGGCCAUGGGCAUCAUCCUGUACGAGUUCCUGAUUGGCUGCGUCCCUUUCUUUGGAGACACACCUGAGGAACUCUUCGGACAGGUCAUCUCAGAUGAGAUCAACUGGCCUGCUGGAGAGGACGCUCCGCCUGCUGACUCUAUGGAGCUCAUCACCCUGCUGCUCCGCCAGAACCCUCUAGAACGCCUCGGAACCGGCGGUGCGCAUGAGGUGAAGCAGCACCAGUUCUUCUCCAAUCUGGACUGGAACAGCCUGCUGCGGCAGAAGGCAGAGUUCAUCCCCCAGCUGGAGUCUGAGGACGACACCAGCUACUUCGACACUCGGUCGGAGAGGUACCAUCACCUUGAGACUGAAGAGGAGGACACUAAUGAUGAAGACUUCAACGCAGAGCUCAGGCAGUUCUCCUCCUGCUCACACCGCUUCUCAAAGGUGUACAGUAGCCUGGACCUGUCCCGUGGGCAGCUGGAGGAGAAGGGGGAGGCGGAGGAGAAGAAGAGUGAGAGCCCCCUCACCGUCGACUCACUCAGCUGGACCCCCGACUUCACAGAGAUGCCAUCGUUGUCCCACUCCUCCGAUGCCGAGAGUGGCAGCGGGGGCCUGCGCUCCGGCAUGCUCCCCAAGUUUGCCAUCUCGGCCGAGUCAGAGGACGGGGACGGGGACGGGGAGGGUGACGGGGACACCUCUGUCUCUGUGGCCCUCGGGGAACCCAGCAAGGUGGCCUUCACCUUGGGGGAACCCCCUGACGAGCCCGAUGUCACCACCCCCGGAAGCACCCUCAGCGGUUCCACACUGUCCGGUGAGUUACUGCAGGCUAAGCUGUUCUUUUUAAAAAUACUGUAUGUUGUGUGCUUUUAUUAUGACGGCUUCCUCCUCCUCUCUCUAGGGGACUUCUCAGAGCACGCAGACCAGCUAGCCGCGUUGCGAGCCGAGGGUGGUGUGGACAGUCCCGACGCCACCUCCACCUCCGCGUCCGCCUCCAAGACGUCCGGAAGUGAGCUGGGUGCCAACCUCCUCGGCCCCCCGUGCCCUGAUGCCCACGAUGCCAAGUCGCCUGGUAGUGGCAGUGGCAUGACCUGCGGAGGUGCCAUGGCGGUCCCCGUGAGGGUGACCAAGUCGGUCUCGGCCAGCGCCCUGUCCCUCAUGAUCCCCGGAGAUGUCUUCGGAGUGUCUCCAUUGGCCAGCCCCAUGUCCCCCUAUUCGCUGUCGUCCGACCCGUCCUCUCGGGACUCCUCCCCCAGUCGCGACUCGUCGCUGUGCGCCGUGAGCCCCAGACAGCCCGUCACCAUCACCAGCUCCGGGAAGAAGUUCGGCUUCACGCUGCGAGCCAUCCGCGUCUACGCCUGCGAUGGCGACGUUUACACCGUCUACCACAUGGUCUGGAACGUGGAGGAGGGUGGUCCGGCCCACAAGGCGGGCCUAAGGGCAGGUGACCUCAUCACGCACGUCAACGGGGAGCCCGUCCACGGCCUUGUACACACAGAGGUGGUGGAACUGCUGCUCAAGAGUGGCACCAAGGUGGCCAUAUCCACCACCCCCUUUGAGAACACGUCCAUCAAAACGGGCCCGGCCCGGCGUAACAGCUACCGCAGCAAGAUGAUCCGCAGAACCAAGAAACCCAAGAAGGAGAAAACACAGGAGAGGAGGCGUUCAGUGUUCAGGCGCUUCGCCAUGCAGCCGUCUCCUCUGCUCCACACGAGUCGGAGCUUCACGUCCCUGAACCGGUCUCUGUCGUCUGGGGAGAGUCUCCCAGGAUCCCCCACACACAGCCUCUCCCCCCGCUCCCCCACCGCAGCCUUCCGCCCCGCACCAGACUUCACACAGUCAGGCGGCACUUCCUCCCAGAGCAGUUCGCCCAGCUCCAGCGCCCCCAACUCCCCCGCGGGCUCGGGCCACAUCCGGCCCAGCACCCUGCACGGCCUCGGCCCCAAGCUGCCCGGCCAGCGGCUCCGCCAGGGCCGCCGCAAGUCGGCCGGCAGCAUCCCGCUCUCCCCGCUGGCCCGCACGCCCUCCCCCACGCCGCAGCCCACCUCCCCCCAGCGCUCGCCCUCCCCCCUGCUGGGCCACUCGGUGGGCAGCUCCAAGACCACGCAGGCCUUCCCGCCCUCCAAGAUGCACUCGCCGCCCACCAUCGUGCGGCACAUGGUGCGGCCCAAGAGCGCCGAGCCGCCCCGCUCGCCCCUCCUCAAGCGCGUCCAGUCGGAGGAAAAGCUGUCCCCGUCCUACGCCGGCGACAAGAAGCACCUGUGCGCCCGCAAACACAGCCUGGAGGUGACGCAGGAGGAGGGGGCGCAAGGGGACGGCGGCGGGGCGCAGAGCGGCGACCACCACGCGUCCCUGCAGAGCGCGGACGAGGCGACGGCAGCCAUGGCUUCCGUGUGCGAGACGCUGACGGUGACGCGCGUGCGUCCGGCCGAGCAGGGCUGUCUGAAGAGGCCGGUGACGCGCAAGGUGGGCAGGCAGGAGUCGAUGGAGGAGCUGGACAAGGAGAAGCUGAAGGCCAAGGUGGUGGUGAAGCGGCAGGACUGGCCAGAGAGACGCGAGUCGCUUCAGAAGCAGGAUGCCAUGCAGGGCGAGGGCGAGGCGGCAGCGGCGGCAGGAUGCUUGGCCAGCGCUGACGACAAGGACAGAGGCAUGCUGGGUAGGCCCUGCGCAAGACCUCAGAGCACUCCCGAGCUGUCCGCUUUGGACAACAAGGGCGCAAACUCUGCACUGAAGGACGUGCUGUACAAGAAACUGAACACCAGAGUGUGCGAGAGCAUCGCUGAGUCGAUGGCCAGCGGCGGGGAAUGCCUGUCAGCCCUGAACGACGGCGUCAGGUCCCUCACGUGCCCCACGCUACACGACUGGGGCUCACAGAAAGCAGACCGCCCCCUCGCCCGACCCGCCAUGAAGGACGGCGGCGGCAAACCGGACCGGCUGGACUUCAAGGCCCCCGGCGUGGGCAUGGAGUUCGCCGGCGGCCGGAAGCGGCAGUCGUUUGACGAGCGCGACGAGUGCAUGUGCAGACUGGCGCCCGGCGUUGGCGUCAGCCACCACGAGAGCCACCACUUUGGCACCACGCGCUCCAAGAGCCUGCAGCUAGACUCCGCCAUGGUGCUGGAGCACGUCAAGGGCAUGUGCGGCGCGGUGAUCCACAGCAGCCCCGGGGCGGGGGCUGGGGCAGGAGGCAUGUGCAUGGCCACGGACGCGCUGGCCUCAAAGCUGUUCGCGGGGCGCGGCGGGGAGAGCGCCGUGGAGAAGCUGCAGAUGAUCUCGUCGGGGGCCGGGUCCUCCUCGGAGGGGGGCGGGCCUAUACGCAAGACGUCGUCCGAGUACAAGCUGGAGGGCCGGCUGGUGUCGUCGCUGAAGCCCCUGGAAGGCACGCUGGAUAUCGGGCUGCUCUCGGGGCCGCGCGUCUCCAAAACCGACACCUGCCUGGCCAAGAUGGCCGACAAGGACAUCACGCAGGGACAUCACGGGGCAGCAGGCGGCAGCAGUGGGGUGUUGGGGCAGAGCCAGAGUGAGAAGCAGCUGUCACUGCAACAACAUCACCACCACCACCACCACCACCACCACCAGCAGCAGCAUCAGCAGAAACUCACUGACAAGCAGAGGACAGCAGCGAUGGGGGCAGACCAAGGGCCGACACUGGGAGCUGUGCAGUCCUUAAGCUCUCUGAACUCACUCGCCGAACGCAGUGCCGGGAAACCUGACACUGGAACCAGCGGUGCCGCCACCAUCAUUGCUGCUGCCGCUGCCGCCACCACCACCAACACCACCCCUCUGAUCAAAGGCUUCGGCCCUUCUGAGAGAACUCCCGACAAGGCCGCUCACACAGAGGCCGCCACCCACACCCACUUACCGAUCGUUAAACUGGACAUUGCUGACGGCGGCGGAAAACCAGCGGCGGAGCAAUACAGAUCAAGCGUGAAGGCCAUGGCGUCGCCCUCGCCCCUGGUGGUACACGAGAUGAGGGUGGUGGCGCGUCACAGCUCCUCCCACUUCGCCUACGGGAAGACGCCCUCCAUCCAGGAGGUCAGCAACGAGGAUCAGGACGACGACACGGAGGCGGAGCUGUCUGAAGAAGCCCCUCCCACACCCACGCCUACACCAGUAGCCAAUCAGAUGCCAGCUGAGGGCUCCAAGUCUGUGACAGAACUGGAAUCGCACAGCUUAAAAAAAUCAGAAACCAAGGCAGAAUCUUGCGCCCUGACACAGUCCCUUAAAGACACAGUACCUCACGCAACCAACAAUGAAACUCUCACAACAACCAAAACAGUUGAUUCAUCAGAAUCGCCUGCAAUAGCAAAACCAGCAAAUAAGUCUGAAUGUCCAAAUGCAGUGGAUGGGUCUGAAGUAGCGUCUGCAGUAAGAAAAUCAGUUGACAAGUCUGAGCCUCCUGACGCUACCCAGAGCGCCCAAGCAGCCGUGGUGGCCCCCAGACAACAAACACUAAGCUCCCACUCAGAACCUGUCAGUGCCAAGGACGAGGAGGAGCAGGAACUAAGUAGCCCAGUGCCAGACAAAGCCUUGGGACAAGCACAAGGCCCCUCCAAACAGAGCUCGCCGGCACCAGCAACUUCCCAGGGUAAUAUCUCUCCCCCCGAGCUCAGAGCUCAAGCUAACCAAGACAAGGGUAGAGCUGCUGCUGCUGCUGGCGGCCUGACGACUCUCACACAGGCCUCUGCCAGGGACAAGCCAACACAAACCUCCCACUCUCCAACCAGCGCUGUCAAAGAUAAACCAGCCCCUGCUCAGCAGCAAGCAGCUCCAAAAGCAUCAUCGGAGGAUUCUGCUGCUCCUGUGACAGCUCCAAAGAGCACUGGCAAAGACGCGCCGUGCAGCAGUAGCCUGAGCAUAACUCUAGAGCAUUCUCAUUCACGCAGCGGCGCUCUCAAAGACGUGCCAGCGAAAACACCCGCCACCGCCACUCCCUCAGAUCCCCGUCCCAGCCAAGCGCAGAGCACCUCCAACGCCGCCGGCGCUGCCAGCGACAAGCCAAUCAGCAAGCCCUCUGCCUUGGCCGGUGCUUCACAAGCAAACAUCAGCCCCAAAGGUAGGGCGGCAGCUGCCUCAGAGGUCGCCUCCCCGCAGGUCAAGCAAAAGAAAGCAGGCAGCAGCAGCCCUCUGAAAGUCAACACGGCACAGAAAUCUGCUGUGCUGGCCUCAGCUGCUGCUGCUGUUCCUCCUCCCUCUCCUCCAUCGUUGGAAGAUGUGAGACAGCCAUGUGGCUUUCUUCCACAGCAGCAGCAGCAGCAGCAGCAGUCGUGUCCGGCCGACAGAACCCUCCACACCACCGAGCGGCCUCAGACAGAGACAGAGAGGCCUCUUUCAGCGGCUGCCAGCGGGGCGUCGUCCACUUCGUCGCAGGCUGGCAAGGCAACACUCAAGGCAACCGCAGGGUGUUCCACUAACAAAAUGGAGGAAGCCCAAGCCAGGGGGGUGGCGGCUUCUGAGGGGGAGCUGAAAGGUGGCGUGGCAGCGGCCGCGAAAGGCAACACCACCACCACCACCACCACCGGCAGCAGCACCAGCACCAGCAGCACGGCUAAAGCUGAAAUCACAAAGAGAGGAGGCGAGCAGAGGAAAGAGGACACCGGGCCUGGCAGGGCAACUGAAGGUAGCACCUCCUCCAACAACAACGUCCCCUCAGCGUCCUCUCAGCAGAAGGCUCAAAGCAAUCAAGGCGGCCGGGCAGCAGAUGGGCAGACAGCCUGCGGUCCGGCGGCUAAGGCUGAGGAGAAGGUGCGCUCAAGCGGUUGUGCAGCAGUGGGUGGUGAGAGUGGUGUGCCCCCCUCAGCCAAGGCUCAGGCUCAAGACAGAGGGGGGAAACCAACAAGCCCCUCACGAUCCACAAUAAAGCCCCCCCAACAUUUUUCAUCCUCAUCUUCCUCCUCCUCCUCCUCCUCAUCGUCAUCCUCAUCAUCAUCAGUGGCCAGCAGUGGAAAACACAGCACAGUGGGCCCCAAAAACAAGCCAAAAGUGGAGUCCCCCCUAGUAACGCAGCAUGGUGGCAAAGGAGCCGAGGACAAAGGGAAAGUGGAGAGCCAUCAUCCUGCCCCAGCUAAAGACACCCACAAGGCCAAGCAGCAGAGAGAGGAGAGCAGGGGGGCGUCUGCGGCUGCACACGGUGCCCACGGCCAGAAGGGAGGGGAGGGCACGGGCACGGGUGGCCGCUGCAGUGCCAGCUUGUCAUCUGUGCCCGUACUGCCUGUGCCCGCGGUCAGGGUGGAGAUCCGCGUCCAUGCGCCCAGCGGAACGACAACUGGCAAGGGCACAGUCAGCAGCACAGCCGAGCCCGCUGCCAAGGCCUCCAAAGAGGAAGCGGGCAGGGGGAAGAGGGAAGAGGCCUCCAAGCAGCAGCAGCAGCAGCAGCAGCAGCACGCUCAGAGGCACCAAGGACACCAGGGUGGGGGUGGGGAGGCCGCGAGGGCGGGCGCCGGCGGGGGCGGGGGUGGCGAUCCCAAAGCCAUGGCAACGGAGGCCAGGGCAGCCUCCACAGAAAAGGCCUCUUCUUCUUUCUCUUCCUCCUCUCUGAGUCGGAAGGAGAUGGCAGAGAAGAAGAGACGCGAGGCAGCUCAGGAGCUGAGGCACGCCGCCGGCGGCAGCAGCAAAGACUCCUCCAAAACGCCCGCUGCUGCACCCACCAAAGAGGCAACCGUGAUGGCAGCGGCGGCGGCGGCAGCAGAGAAAGAAUCCACCCGCCCAAAACAAUCGAAAGAAUCCCCCCGGGGUGCCGCAAACAGGAAGUGAAACACAAACUGGGGAGGGAGGACAGAGAUGAGGUGGGAGGAGAGGGGGUGGUGUGGACUUAAUAGCCACCAUGUCUAUCACGUUGUUUAGUAAAGUUAUUAAGAUGCCCCCGUAUCAUCUCACUACCACCACCAUCAUCAUCAUUAUCAUCAUGCCUUCCUGACCGUGAGGACCGGUUGAAGCUGUUACUUCAGUGUGUGUACCAAGUGGGCAGAAGACACAAGUGGACUGAGCAGUGUGUGGAGAGUGUUGGAGUGAAUGGAGUGCUAUUAGGUGUUGGAAGAUGUCGGUCUGAAUGUAGACUUUCUUUUCUUUUUCUUUUGUUUUUUUGUUUUUUUUUGCUGCUGUUUUGUGAUCCCUUUUUAAUUAUCUGCAGUGUGUGGGACGCAAAAAAAACAAGAUAUGUGUGACUGAAUGUUAUAAUGUAAUGUAUGGAAUCAUUUGUGAAGCGCAGAUUUUGUGCUAAGGUCUGUAACCUAACAGUGGCAGAGUGAAAUGGUGCAGGCGGUGGGGCUGAGAGCUGUGCCCGUUACUGUGUUUCAGAUUGGCACCAAAACAGGAAGCACCUGCCACGUUGGACAUGCAUUGGGACUGGAGGCACAUUGAGCCAAAAUGGCAUAGGCAGACAUUUUUUAAAACUCCUUAUCAUAAAUUGAGAUGAAAUUCGCCACGUAUUUGCACAUGAUUUCAAACUGUUAAACUGUCAGAGAAAAAAAAAUCUGAAACUAAAUUGUAGCAGAGGGGCUGGAAACAGUAGCAUACAGCAGGUUUCAUGCAAGACGUAUGAUCUCACCAAAUUACUCUUUAUGUUGUUUGUGGGGGAGGGUUUGCUUUCUGUUUUUGUGUGUUAUUACUUUAUUCUGUUUUUUGUUUUGUUUUGUUUCUCUUUGACUUUUAAGAGAUGGUGUGUGUGUUGUGUUGUUUUGGGUAGCGGUGUACAGAGCCAAUGCACUAAGUCUGUGCUUCUCACCUAGAACUCUUUAAUAUGGAAUCAUCGUAUGGUUCUGGAAUCAUAUCUAGUGAAAGGGGCAGGCCUUCUGGGUUCAUGGGGAAUUCCACUUGCUGUUCUUAGCAAGUUAUGAUGAAAUUCACAUUCCUUUCACAUAAACAUCUCUACAUUUCUAAAAAAGAAAAUGAUUUUUAUGCAAUAUACUGUAAAUAAGAUAAGUAAACUGUAUAAAUAGGGGCUACACGGGCUCAAUCAAAUAUGUGUGUUGUAUGUUUUAUAUGUAUAUAUUUUGCUAUGUCAUACAUUUGUAUACCAUGCUCAACAUUUGGUGUUAGUUCUGUCAUUGUUUGCUUGCUAAUUCUGGAUAUCUGGAAGUAGCUACUAGAUAGGAAAAGGCAUGAUCUCCUGAUUAUGCGAUGAAUUGUACUUGAAGCAACAUGAGUUUAAGACAAGUGACUGCACAUCAUUCAGUAAUGUGUCUCUGUCAGACUGAGGUGCCUGUAGUGGAGGUUUGUUCAGAAUGUCUAGCGGAAUGACCCACUUGCAGUACAGUACGAGGGCAGGAAAUGAACUUUGCAACAGCAUUUUACGCUAGGCAAAUAGGUGUUAACGUCAUAGUGAAAAUCAAACAGCAUUGGCCUCCAUUAAGAGAGCUGUAUUGUUCUCCCUGAGUUCUUUGUGCUGGACAGGUUCUGAGGGUGUGAAGGACUUGGCUUGGCUAGUGUUUGUGAGAGGCCUGGCCGUGUCAGUGGGAUGGAGAUGGAGUCAGUCAGGCGUGAGGGGGGAAAAGGAGAGCCGAGUCAAGGGGAAUUAAAGGGAUCUGGAUUUCACCUCUUUAAACAGUCAACUGUGCCAGAAUGUAAAAGUGGAGUUCAGACAGCAUCCACCCGCAUACGGUACAUACUCAGUGCUAAGCUCACUCGUGUGUGUUCUGUAAACUGUCAUCUGUAGAACCGGUUCUUAAGGCCGGUUGAGAUUCCAGAACACUAUGCAGCUCUGUUCUUAGGGGAGAAUACUAUUUCAUCCCUGUGCCCAAGCUGUCAGGGUUGAGGCCUGAGGCCCAUGUAUUGGAGACAAUAUCCAUGACUGCACAACAGUACACGUGAAAACACUUAAAACAUCAUUUGACCUAAGAUUGUGAACUUUUGAUUUUUUCGUCUUCAAAUGUAGGUGUUUGUUUCCCCCGUCUCUGGUGUUUGUGCAACCUCUAGCCCUUUGCGUUUACGAUUCUUUCGAUCCAUGGUCAAUAGUGAUGAAUACAUCUAAAGAACAAUCAUUUCCUUCAACAUCCUUUUACUGAAUAGAAUAAAAGAAUAAAAUAUUAUAUGUCUCUCUUUGUCACACUAUCAAGCAAGCAAACGUUACAAGUGGUACAACAAUGACUCGAGUCCCUGCUUAUAUAGCCCUUUCCCCUUAGGAUCUCAAUGGAGAACAGCCAAGCACACGCCAACGUAGUUACAGUGUUAACAGUUUCUGUAGACUAUAUUACGACGCUAGACACUUCAUGGUAUUUUAAGGGAGUUAACCGUACAUGCAUCCAUCAUAUAACGGGAAUAAAGCACUAUGUUGGAGAGCUGUUAGGGGAACACCACACACACACACACACACACGUUAAGCGAAACUAAUUGUGUAGAGAUUUUAAAAAAUAAUGAUUAAAAUUAAAAUGCAUUGUAAGAUUCUGAAUUUUUGAUGUAGAUUUAAACGGAUUCCGGGAGAUUAAAGAAAAAUAGAAAUGCACCUUAUUGUUGGAUGUGCGGCAAACACAGACUCAGUAAAAACAAGGUUGACGACUAUAUCGUGCUGAAAUGUGAAUGUCUAACUCAAACAAAUUUUAACGUGAUGCCUAUUGUGGAUUGAUUUUGUCAUUGAGGAAAUCCCAUGAAAGCUCACGUUAAUCUCCCAGAGUCCCGUUUGUCCCUAUGCCUUUAUUUUCUGCUGACAUUUGAUGUUUAAAAAUCUUGUUGAAAGCACAUUAAAUGUUUGUUUACAAUACUUCAUGGAUGUAUAUUUUGUAUAUUGUGUUAUUAAUUUGCCAAAAUCUUUGUGCAAUGUCACAGGAAACGUGGUGAUUGUAGUGUCUGUGGCGGCGUCUGUCUGAGGAUGCCAGUCCAAACUGAGCUGUGGAAGCCUCAUGCGUCUGCAUAAUGGCAGAACAUUAAGUAUAUGUCAAAACAUCUGUCUUUUUGGGGAUGGGUGGGAGGAGGAAGGGGGAAAAGUUUUUGUUUUCUUUCCUGUGUCUGUAAGUCUAGUGUUAGAUUACUGCUCCUCAUAAUUGGUCUUUUAGGAUCUGUGCAAUAAAAAUGUGUUAUGAGUUUUGUAUUUCACCCAAUGAAAGCUCUAUGGAUGUCAUAGAUGUUGUAUACUAUACAAAUAUUUAUACUUCUAAAGUUGUACAAUACUAAAAAAUAAAAUGGCAUGAAGAA